AUUAUAAUAUUAAUACGCUCGACUUCCCGCCGGCAUCCUUACAAUUAUGAAGUUUGUUGUGUGACGUAAUCAUUCGAUUGUUGAAGAUCGAACCGUUUAAUCGCAUUAAUUCCGUUGAGAUAUCUUGGUGAUGUUUCCACUUUCACUAUGGAAUUGAAUGGAUUUCCCGUGAUAACGAAGAUAAAUCUUGCGAUUUUCUGGGCUAUUACUACGUCGAUGGCAACGUUCUCCUCAUCCAGCCAUAUUAUUUUUUGGAAUGAUUUCCUCUCAGCUGGAAUAUUUACGAUAAGAAAUGGGCUUCCUGCAUUUCCAAAAACUUUUUCGUUCGUUGCACGAGAAUCCAUUACCGUUAGUUCUAGUGUUAAUUUAACUUCAACACAGUUCAUAGUGUUCUCUUUGGCAAGACUUUCUUUUAGAUCGUCCGAGGAUCUUCCAAAUCACAGUUCCAAAUAUCGUAACUUGGUCAUUGUGUCUCUCGUCAGAACACAUUGAUGUAACGUUGUUCGAUUUUCCCUUCUCUCAUCUUCGGAAUGGUUUCAAUUCGAAGAUUUGGAAAUCAACUCGAACAUUCAGCUGGAUAUUCAUUUCGAAAUUCGUCACGUUUUUCAUGAAUCGUUCGCGCGCACGUUUUCCUUCGCCUGGGUGCAAGAGGGGGAAAACGGAGAGGAUACGCCAGGUGAAUAGGUCGCGGACGAAUUUGGAAAAUGCCGAUGAAGACGACGUGCACGGCUGAAAGGAUUAGCCCGUGAUCCGACGGUCGCCAGAUGAGAAGUUGCGAGCGUCGCGAGCCGACGCGACGGCCUCUCUCGCCAUUCGUAUUUUGUCGACGGUGAAUUCGCGAUGCUAUCUUCCUUCGGCGACUGUUUUCUUCCUUUUUCGAACGCGCGUGUCAAUUUAUCCAGUUUAACGUCUCUUCGGCAUUUGCUGGAUUAAUUUGGAUUAAUUGCAACGUAGAGUGUACGAUCUCCGGUGUGCAAUUUUCUUUCUUCUUCUUUCCUUUUUUUUAUUAAGGAAACUUGAAUGUUUCCAACUACGUUCUGACAUAUUUAUUGACAAGUUCCUAAAGUUGGGUAAACGGGGGAUUAUUCAUUUUCUUUGUUACACCAGCAGUCGAAAAACAAAGAUUUCGAUGAAUCAUUUCGUCGGCGUUAAUUCGAUUUCCAUCCGAAGGCAAUGUUUAUUCCGUAAAUUUUGCAUCGCAGUGUUUACCGUUGCUUAACAUGCAACAUUUCGCUUGUUUUUCACGUCGAGGUAAUUCAACGCUUAAUUAUAAUAAUUCGUGUAUUUCCAACGAUUUCUUCGUUCGCUUUAUUUCGAGAAUUUUUCCACGUGUAAACGUCGUGUAAACGUGAAUCAAGGAUAGGGAUCGGACAUUGCGACGAUUAAUUUUUUCUAUCGCGCUGGGAAAACAGAGUGAAAGUAUUGAAUUGAAUUUUAACAAAUUACAAUUGACAAAUUAUUAUGGAUUGAAUCUUAAAAUGAAUGCCCCGAGCAUUCUACAUUUUAAUAAUUUAAAACGGAUUAUCGUGAUUGUCUGUAAUACAACGAUACUACUCGAGGGUUGAUACUCCAUUUUUCACGGAGGGAAAUAACCAUAAUUCUCGCGUGUCUUACUACAGGGAGGCGAAAAAAAAUAAAAAAAAAAAAAAAUAAAAAUAAAAAGAAAACGAGGAACUUGGAACGAGCGAUCGAUAAUCGUAUUACGAGAUUUAAAAUCCGUUUAGCUACAAAAUACCGGUGUUAACCGAUGAAUAAUUGAGGAUUGUAGUUUGACGUGAAAAUCAAUUCUAUCCGAAUAGAGUGUUUUGCCUUUGUUCCGCUUCCUACGCCUCGUCCCCCCCGGCUCGGAUGUGUACAGAUUAUUUUAUCAAUAUUAUUCAUAGAGGGAUUAAACUAUCGGGGCGAGGCUGGAAAAGGAGAAAAAUAA